AAAAUCAUGGCCGCUGCUGCUGGAUUCAACUGGGAUGAUGCUGAUGUGAAGAAAAGAUGGGACGCGUUCACCAAAUUCGGAGCUGCUACCGCCACCGAAAUGACUGGAAAGAACUUCGACAAGUGGCUUAAGGAUGCUGGUGUCCUCGACAACAAAGCCAUCACCGGGACAAUGACCGGAAUCGCUUUCAGCAAAGUUACUGGACCUAAAAAGAAGGCCACUUUCGACGAAACGAAGAAAGUGCUGGCAUUUGUCGCCGAGGAUCGCGCGAGACAAAGUAAGAAGCCGAUUCAGGACGAACUGGACGCAAUCACAGAGAAAUUGGCCAAAUUGGAAGCGCCGAGUGUUGGAGGUGCGGCGAAGGCCAAUGCGGCCGGCGUUUACAGCCGUCUCACCGAUCACACAAAGUAUACUGGAGCCCAUAAAGAAAGAUUCGAUGCCGAAGGAAAAGGAAAAGGAAAAUCAGGACGUGCGGAUACAACAGAAAAUACUGGAUAUGUUGGAGCUUACAAGAAUAAAGAUUCCUACGAUAAAACACAUGGAAAGUAAUCAAAGAUCUCUCUAUGGACCAAAUAAAUGCACUUCUUUUUCUUUUCGUUUUGUCUAUAUUCUCGAAUGUAUAAUUCCCAGUAAUAUCUUUGUAUUAAUAAAUUUAUUUAUUUAA